AUGUGGGCCGCCGCUGUGAAUCCCUGUCCACUCAUCCACCACACAACGAGCCCCCUCCUCCCCAGCAAUCCUUAUCUCCGCACCCUCAUCAUCUUCCAUCGCACACACCCAGCCGCCCACGUCGAGCGCGCCGCUGUCUAUGUACCGGCCCGCAAAGAGCUGCAUGACAUGAGCGGCCGUGGCACCGCCGGCAUGCCAGCCGGCGUCUCUGCACUGCCCCCCCAGCGCUCCCGGCCUGCCUCCACAUUCGCACUCCUCGCCCUUUUGCUCCUCGUCCAGCUCGCCACGAGCCUCUACCAGCUGCCUCUGGUCCGCCUAGUCGAGCGGCGCCUCUGCCGCGACUUCUAUGACGGCUCAAAAGAUGCCCACAAUGGCGACGAUAUCGACGAGAGCCUGUGCAAGGUGGACGAGGUCCAGCAGCACCUUGCCUGGAUCCUCGGGGCCAUGGAGACGGCUUGGAUCGUCGGAGACUUUGUCAUGGCCAUACCGCUAGGUUUCGUUGCUGAAAGGUUUGGCCAGAGAGCCGUGUUGUGGCUCACCCUUGUGCCCAGGCUGUUUAUGCUGGCCUGGGCCCCCAUCGUGGGACUUGAGUUUGGCGAGAGGUUGCCCAUAGCGGCGGUCAUUGUUGGUCCCUUGCUGUCCUUUCUUGGUGGUGAUUGUGUGUUUGGCUCCAUCACAUACAGCCUUGCCGCCGGAUCAACUCAUGACUACGUAGCUCGAGCAUCAUUAUUCGGCUACAUGAGCUCAGUGAGCUACAUAACGAACUUACUGGGUCCGGGCCUUGCUAGCGCCACAAUGGGCACAGCCUUGUGGCUACCCUUUGUCAUUGGCAUCAUUCUCCUGCUGCUCGCUGUUCCAGCUAUCAGUCUGUUGCCGGGUGGGGGCUCACAAUCUUUGACCGCGGCCAAGCCUAAUCAUGCUUUCUCCCAUACAGAGGAACGCGCAGAUGAGCAGCAGCCGUUCCUUCCAUCGUCACCGCUCCUCAAAGCCGCUCGCUCUCAAGAAGGUACUGGACCUUCAGCGACAUCGACGGUUCGGAGCACAUGGGUUCGCACCAAAGCACACAUUUACACUCUGCGCGCCACAUUCCUCCCAGAGCACUCCCAGCUCGGGAAUGGCCAGAACCUGCCGCUCCUAAUGGCCAGCUUCUUCCUCACCUCUCUGGCCAGCUCCGACACGAAGCUUCUCCCACAGUACAUGUCGAAACGAUACGGAUGGCGCUUUGUGGACGUUGGGUAUCUCUUGUCUUGCAAGGCUGUUGUCAAUUUCGUCCUGCUAGUGUUCAUUGUCCCUCGGGUGCUCAAGCAUAGUCGCCACGAGGACAAUGGCCAGGCCGGCUUUGAGAGGGACGAAGAUUAUCCUCAUCUCGUCGAUCAUGCCCAAGACUCCUCUCGACAACCUGGUUCCGAUUUGCAAGCGGAGGCAAACAUCAGCAGCAGUAGGAGAGAAACCAAGACGAACGUCUUCCACGCUCGGGUCUGCCUCGCAGUAUCCCUCCUCGGCGCGCUACUCAUAGCCUCUGCUGGCUCGAUUACUGUGCUCUUCCCAGCACUGGGCGUAUAUGCCUUGGGUUCUGCUCUGCCGGUCUUCACGUUUUCGCUGCUCAAGUCACCGUUCAUCGUACCUGCUCCUGGUGUACAAACCUCCACUGAUGAGGCGGAUACAGCGACCUCCAGCGUGGCUCCCUCGUCCGCCGUGCUUGGUGCAGCCAGCAUAACACCCCAGCAGAGAACGGGCGACCUGGAUGGGAAUGGUGAUGCAAGUUCUGACCACCAGGGUUCACACUUCAGUGAUGGAAACGCCAACACAAGCAACACUGAGACGCAGCUUUUUGCUGUCGUCAUGAUGGUCAAGACACUGGGCUCCCUUCUGGGGGCGCCCCUCAUGGCCACAUUAUGGGUGCGGGGCAUCUCGAUCGGAGGCGGCGCUCUGGGCAUUCCAUAUCUUGUUAGCUCAGCAUGUUACGGAGCCGCCAUCGGAGUGUUUGCGUUUAUCUCGGUUGACGCUAGGUGA